AAACCACCUCAGGCGGUCAUUCUUCUUUGACUUUACUCUUCCACUCAUUGUUUUAACUGAAGAUCAAGACUGGGUUUCAAGAUGCAUUUGUUGUUCCUCCUGCUCCUGUGUGCUGCUUCAUGCUGCGCCAACACUCACAGCAACCAGCCAGACAUUGAACCUCUCAUGGAUAAUGUUCUGGUGUUGAGGGUGCCCUAUGGUAAAGGCAGCAGGGUGUAUGUUAACCUGACAUGUGGAGGAGCUCAUCAGAAUCAGCCUGUGAUCUGGAAAAAAGAUGGUAUGGAGCUUGAACCAGCUCUGCAGGGGAACCACAUCAGAGUCCUGGUGAGGGAGAUGGAUGGAGGAAACUACACCUGUCACCAGAGCACUGAUGGACAAUACCUCAACCACACUGUAAUCCUGGUACGAUCAGAUCCGGACAACAGGACUGUCAUUCUGAAGGAAAAAUCCCCCAAAGAAGGUCACAUCCACUGUACAGCUCCAAACUACAGAGGCUCAUUCCACUGCACCUGGACAAGAACGGAGGACAGACCCAACGCUGCUGUGCUGCUGGUGAAGGCUGAGCGUGAUCUGAAAAAGAUUCCCUGUGUACUGGAUGCUGAUGGUUCAGGGGUCCGCUGUCAGGACACAGACUGCCAACACAACGAGGAGCAGCACAGCAUCUCCAUCACUGUUUACAUACGCAGCUACUCUCUCCUGGAGGCUUACAGUAAGACCUUCUACCUCAGAGAUAUUGUGAGGCCAGCAAUGCUCCCAAACUUACAGACCAGUGACAGAAGAGUGUUCAGCUGGGGUUACCCUGAGUCCUGGGAAAAGCCCUGCACAUAUUUCCGCCUGCAGUUUGAGGUGAAGGUGGUCCACAGUGGAAAUGACUGCAGCAGUGAGGAUCACAUAGAGUACAACACCACUGAGCAGACUCAGUACGAGGUCAAUGUCAAAACAAGAAGGUUUGUUUUCUGUGUGCGGGCUCAGGACAAAUUCACCAGAGGGCCAUUCAGCCACUGGAGUAAUUGCAUGGUGAAUCGAAACGAUGUGAAAUGCUAGAUCCUGUCACGGACUGUGGCCAUGAAGAAAUGAGAAGAAGUAUUUCUUUUUUUUUUUUAGUUUUUAAGAUUUUUAAAGCAAAGCUGGG